AUGUCAUAUAAUCCUUAUUCGCUUUCACAAGGUGAUUCUGCCGUUUUCAAUGAGAGUAAUAAUAAUAUCCAAGACCGUUUCCAAACAUCUUCAAAUGUUCACCAGCAACAACAGCAUCAGCAACAUCAAACACAACAACCUGACCAGUUUUCAGCUGGCUAUAUGAACCAAGGUUUACAAGGAGGAAAUGGACAACCUCACCCUUCCUUUUUGGAUGGCAGUGCCUCUAUGGCAUUUCAAAUUGGAUCUAAUGCAUUUAAUUCAUUUAUGGGAAAUUCAAAUUUUAACCAAUUCCAUGAUACAAUGGCUAAAGCUGCUCAAGUAGCUGGUAAUACAAACAGUUUGUCUCACUAUUUCCAAGUCUCCACUUCAUUUGUCAUAUGGAAAUUGAAACAAUUAUUGUUUCCAUAUUUAAAGAACAUUAAUAAUUGGCAAAGAAUCGUUAUAGACCCAUCCAAUGUUCCCGCCUUGAACGACCCCAAUGGUUCUGUUUCUGGUUUCUCUACAUCUGCUGCUGCAGCCAACACAACUGUAUAUGCUCUUCCAAGGGAUGAUAUUAAUUCUCCCGAUAUGUACAUUCCAUUGAUGGGGUUAAUUACAUAUAUCCUUGUAUGGAAUAUUAAACAAGGUUUGAAUGGUGUUUUUAAUCCAGAAAAUUUAUAUUACAAACUUUCUUCUACACUAGCAUUUGUGGGAUUAGAUUUGUUUAUCCUUAAAUUAGGGUUAUAUCUAUUGGUUAACACACCACAUCUAUCCAAUACUUCAGUGACAAGUCUCAUCGAAUUGACUUGCUUUGUAGGUUACAAGUUUGUGCCAUUGACUACAACAUUGUUUAUUCCAUUCAAGUCCCUUUGGAUCAAUUUUUUAUUGAAGACUUAUCUUUUUAUUACGUUUGGUAUUUUCUUAUUAAGAUCGAUUAAAUUUAAUCUUUUCAAUACACAAGAAUCUAUGAUGGUUAACUCAAUUAAGAAAUCAACAGUAAAGAAGUGUAAUUAUUUCCUUUUCUUUUAUGGGUUUUUAUGGCAAUUCAUUUUAAUGUGGCUAAUGGCAUAG